UCAAGUGCACUCAGUCAUGUUUCUCAAAUUAUUCUUUACAACAAUACCACAACUAUAUCUCCUGCAUUUUAAACUAUGUUUAUCUUUUGUGUUUCAUCCGGAUAUAAUACAAGAAGUGCAAAUCGGAAAAAAUGCAGUUCUUCAUUGUCCUAGCAACGACGAGAAUCACAACUUUAUGUUUUGGCAACUCGCGGAUGCAAAAAGGAGUGUUAUUGGUCCUGGGAAUGAGUACAACAGAAGUAAAUAUGAGUAUGAAAUACUCACAGGGAAAUUAAUCAUAAAGGGUAUAUCUACUGAAGAGGAAGGAUUUUUAAACUGUGUGUCAAAAGGAGUAAGAAAUGAUGAUAUUAACAUACGUACAGUACAAAUGGUAGUUAAAAAAGAUUGGGAGGAAGUUUAUGAAGAUGAUCCACAUAUUAAUGCGCUUCGAGUUUUCAUCCUAUUGGGGUUUUUGGUCAUUUUAAUCGGCGGUAGUUAUUUAAUAUACCAAUCAUGGAAAGGAAAACAAGAGAUGCAGUUGUUUUUAGGUGAGGACGAAGACGAAGAAAGUAACGAAGAAUUAUUCUCUAAACCAGGUCCGUCUUUUCGUCGCUCAAAAAGUCGAUCUCCAUCACCGUCACCUUUUCGUCAUUCAAUGGAUUCUACUAGUUUUCAAAGCGUCAGUUCAGAAAUAAACCUAUUAAACAUUGAUGAUAAACAAAUGACACAAAACAAAAAGAACUCCAAAAAGGAUUUGGAUCCGUUUGAUCCUUUUGGUGAUAAUGAACCUAACUUUAACAUUUAAACAAAAAUAUUUAAAUU